CCGGGGAUCCACUGCGUCCACUACACGCGCAGGGACGCCUUAAAUGCCGUCGGUGCGGUCCGAAGCCGCACACCAGCGCCCGGACGAGCGACUCAGAGCGACGCGCGCCGCCAGCACCGCCAAGCAGGACAAGGAGGCCAGCAUCGCGAAGAAGGCAGAGAAGGCAGAGAACGCCAAGACGCGCCCAGCCAGGCCGCGCCGCAGCGCCAGGAUCAAGAGGAACUCCGCCUAUCGACGCAAAUCGCCCAACGAAGCGAGCAUGGAUCGCUACGCGCAGGAUAACCGCUCCAACCAGCGCAACACCAACCACACGGCCACCGGUUCGGGGCGCCCCUCCGGGUACCAGGGCUCCAGAGCAAACGAGAACAACCGGGCCAACCAGCUGAACCCGAACCACCCCAGCUACAAAGGCAAGAAGAACAAGAGGAGCCGUCGUGUCGGCGAAGACGCAUAGUUCAAGACUCGGCGGUGCGACACGUCCAGGGGCUGGCCGAAUAGGGAACUGUGAUGGGGCCACCAGGAAAACCUCGUCGUUCCAGGGCGCGGGAGUGCGCCGAGGAUGGGAGAACAAAAGUGGCUGCUUUUCUUCUCCCAUCCUCGUUUCACUUGGUCUCACUCGCACUCUCUCGGAAGGAGGAGGUUUCGGGCGAGGCCGCGUCGCCGUUCCCUAUGCGGAGAUCCACGGAACGCACGUCUCACAAUCACGGGGGAACGCAGUCUUACGCUUCUGUAUAAUAAUUUUCAUUUCUAUUUGUUGUUUUGAAAUAUAAACUAAUGACACUGG